UCAAGAGAUUAAAUAUUUGCUAUUAUAAUCAUCUCACAUGUGUAACUAACUGCAGCAAUGCCACUCCAACUUAAAGGGGUCAUAUGAUGCGUUUAAAAUUUGAAGCGAUUUAAAAGUGUCACAAGCUCUUGGUGCAUAAAGAAGAUUUUCAUUUUCAAAGACUGAAGUCUGAAAACAAAAGAAAUAUUCUUUAUAAAAGUUAUGACUUAUAAACCCCUCACAUGCUCUCACAAAAUGGGGGGCGUGUUUUCAUAACACCGCCCAAAUGUUCACGCAAAGAAAGAAGGCAGAGCUAUUGCUGGAAAUAACAUGUGCUGGACACACUGUGUGUCAUUGUGAAACUACUUUCUUUGUGCUUCCAAGAGAGGACACAAUUAGAAAUCAGUUGUUUCAGUUGCAUGUACAACACUGUUCCAGAGCAGUUCAACACAAAUAGGGUGUGUUCAGCGCAUUUACGGAGGACUUUUUCCUGAAACUGGGAGCAGGUUCUGCCAGCUGUGCACAGAAGCUUUAGGGCAAUUCUAACUGGCUGGCGCUUCUGAAUUAAAGAAAAGGGAAUGGGGCUCGAGCCCCCAAAGUACCCCCUCUGCAUGUGCUCGGUGCAGAUAAGGCUGCCCUGAGGCGGUUCUGUUCCAAAGUCUGUGAAAAGAAGAAAUAGUGCAUAAAUACUAGAAUAUGACCCACCUCGACCCAGAACGAGCUGAUACUACUUGAGUCAUGGCAGAGUGGUGGAAUGAAAUUUUAAUGGAGAGCACUUAAGAGACUGAGCAAGGAGCUGGAUUCAUUCUGAGUAUUAACACCAGUGUGAGAACAGCUUCUCAGCAAGCUCUCGUGAUGUUCCUGUUGGUGGCAGUCUGUUUUCUGCUGAGCACUUUUCAAGCUCAGAGUCGCUCUGUUAAGGAUAUCUUGGAAAAGAGCUGUGAGGAGAAUGAAAAGAGCGCUGAGCAAGGCGAUAUAUCAGUGUCAACUAUAAUUGAAAGGGCCAACAAAUAUGCAGGACAAAGAAUGAAUGAGCCCUCGAUUGUAUUCGGAGACAUUGCUGUAACAACAGGCUUCAUCACAGAUCCAUGCACAGCUUAUGGGUGCAAAUGGCAGAGAAGCAAAAACGGAAAAGUCUUUGUGCCCUACGUCAUCUCUGAUAAAUACUCCUCCGAGGAGAAGGAUGUCAUUUUAGAAGGCUUGAGAUCUUUUGAGAAAUCCACUUGCAUUCGCUUCACUCCUCACACAAUACAGAGGGACUAUAUCAACAUACAGCCCAAUACAGGGUGCUACUCUUUUGUGGGUCGUCGCAUUGGAGGUCAGACGGUGUCUCUGGACCGUGCCGGAUGCAUCUCACUGAGUGUAGUGCAGCAUGAGAUGCUUCACACAUUAGGAUUUCACCAUGAACAAAACCGCAGUGAUCGUGACAAUCAUGUCCAAAUCCUGUCCAAAAACAUAAUUCCGGGGUUGGAGUACAACUUUAACAAAAUCAAGACUAACAACCUGGAAACUCCUUAUGACUACAGCUCUGUGAUGCACUACGGAAGGUUUGCCUUCUCAAAGAACAAACAGCCAACCAUCAUCCCUAUUCCUGACAGCAGCAUGUCUAUUGGGCAAGCUGAGAAAAUGAGUUCAAAUGAUAUUCUACGUAUUAACAGGCUCUACUGUAGUACGGUUUCCUAUUAAUUCAUUUGAAAGAAUAUUAUAUUGUCACAGGUUCAUACCUUGAUAAGCAUUUGCAGUCUUUCUUUGUUAUUUUCUUUUUUUACUGUAGACAUGUUUCUUUUCUCAGAAUGUCACAGAUAAGAGGUUUCACUGUUCUUAAGGCUUGAGUACACUACACGACUUUUUUAAACGCUAGAUUUUUAAAACGCUAGACAUCAUACACUACACAAAAAUCUAUUUUUUACAGUGUAUUCCAGGCUGUAGUUAAAGAGGACUCAAUACUCAAUACUACAGAUUCAGUUUAGGUGUUUUCGAUUAGCAUAAUUUUAGAGUGAGGAUUUCAACUGUUCGGGCAGUUUGUCAUUUAGCUUCAGGUAGCUUGUCAUGUAGAUGAAUAAAAUGUCUAAUAAAC